AUGUUGGACGUGAAGGGUCUCGUGGUUUGCCUUUGCCUUUUGGCCUCUACGAUCGCUUCAGACCCCAAAGAUCCAUCUUGUGAUUUUGAGAAGGAUCUCUGCUCGUGGAUACAAGCAACAUCAGAUGAUUUUGAUUGGACCAAAAACAGUGGCUCUACUCCUUCGGGUGCAACUGGACCAUCUUCUGGACACGGUGGAAAAGGAUACUACGUUUAUAUUGAGACUUCAAGUCCCAGAGUCCUUUAUGACAGAGCAAUUUUGAAAUUCAAAGGAGUAAACAGGAAGACAGUCUGCUUAUCUUUCUACUAUCAUAUGUACGGGGUUCAUGUCAGGGCACUGAAUCUUUACAACGGCGGAAGCAAAAUUUGGAACAUGAAGGGAGAUCAGGGAGACUCGUGGAAAAGGGCAGAAGUAACAAUCUCUGGUGAUUACGACCUUAAAAUUGAAGGAGUUUCAGGGGACUCCUAUCAGGCUGACAUUGCCAUUGAUGAUAUAUCUGUACAAGAUGGUUCUUGCGGAGGAAUUCCCCCUUCACCGUCUCUUCCCCCUAUCCCACCGACGACACAGGGACCAGUGUCGCCGCAAUCGUGUGGUAAAUCACCAGUAUCGAGGGUUAUUGGAGGAAUGAACGCAAACCCAGGGAGUUGGCCUUGGCAGAUUGCGCUCUUAAGAGGAAGUGGCAAGUCUUUCAGUUGUGGUGGAUCAUUGAUAACUCCUGAAUGGGUGGUCACAGCGGCUCAUUGUAUCUCAAGAGGACAACCUGGAAGUUACUACACGAUCCGCCUCGGAGAUCAUAACCGUCAUGUUAAUGAGGGAACUGAAGAAGAUAUUCCUGCCAAACGUGUAAUCGUACACCCUGACUACAACAAAAUUCCCAUCGACAGCGACAUCGCAUUGAUUCAGUUAACUAAACCAGCUACCUUGAAUGCCAGAGUAAAAACUGUAUGUCUGCCUUCUCAGGAUGAAGUUGUUCCCACGUCUUCUAGAUGCUUUAUCACGGGUUGGGGCAAGAUUAAGCAUCCCGGGUCCUCGCAUCACAUACUACAACAGGCCAAUUUACCUCCCGUCACAAACAGCGAGUGUGCAAAGAAACUUGCAAGCUCUCCAGGAGGCUCAUCUCUACAAAUAACUCAAAACAUGAUUUGUGCUGGUGUCAGUGGAACUAUUCUCAGUGGUUGCCACGGAGAUAGUGGUGGUCCUUAUGUUUGUCAGACUUCCGCUGGGAAUUGGGUUCUGCAAGGUGCGGUCAGCUGGGGUUCUCCGCGAUGUUCUGCAGCAGAGCGAUAUACAGUGUUUGCUCGUGUUGGCAAGUUCAGAAAUUGGAUCGACCAGAAUAUGAAUAGUGGGAUUAUACCACCAACCACAAUACCGCCACCUCAACCAACGACGACUAAAGCACCUGCAACACCAACAACAGCAUCUAACUCCGGUCCAUCUUGCGACUUUGAGAAGGAUCUCUGCUCGUGGAAACAAGAAACAACAGAUGAUUUUGAUUGGACCCAAAAUAGUGGUUCUACUCCAUCCUCUGGAACUGGGCCAUCUUCUGGUCACGGUGGAAAAGGGUCAUAUAUCUACAUUGAGACUUCCUCCCCAAGGAUUCAAGAUGAAACAGCCAUAUUAACAUUUGAUGGAACAAACCUUAAGCCAGUGGUUUGUCUAACCUUUUAUUAUCACAUGUAUGGAAAUUACAUCAAUGAGCUUCUGCUGAAUAAUCGUGGAAAAAAUGUUUGGAAGUUGGCAGGUGACCAAGGAGAUCAAUGGAAGAAAGCGCAAGUCACACUUACUGGAAACUAUCAGCUCGUUUUCAUUGCAUCCGUUGGAGGUUCUUAUGAAGGUGACAUCGCUAUCGAUGACAUAUCUGUCUCGGACGGAAAUUGUUUCGUAGUACCACCGUCACCCAGUCUACCGGCCACUCGUCCACCAACUCCAAGCCAGGGCCCAUCAGUGUUGCCGGGGAAAAAUCCAUCUUGCGAUUUUGAGAAGGAUCUCUGCUCGUGGAAACAAGCAACAUCAGAUGAUUUCGACUGGACAAAAAAUAGUGGUUCUACUCCUUCCUCUGGAACUGGGCCAUCUUCUGGACACGGUGGAAAAGAUCCAUCUUGUGAUUUUGAGAAGGAUCUCUGCUCGUGGAAACAAGCAACAUCAGAUGAUUUCGACUGGACAAAAAAUAGUGGUUCUACUCCUUCCUCUGGAACUGGGCCAUCUUCUGGACACGGUGGAAAAGGGUCAUAUAUCUACAUUGAGACUUCCUCCCCAAGGAUUCAAGAUGAAACAGCCAUAUUGACAUUUGAUGGAGCUAACCCUAAGCCAGUGGUUUGCCUAACCUUUUAUUAUCACAUGUAUGGGAAUUAUAUCAAUGAGCUUCUGCUGAAUAAUCGUGGAAAAAAUGUUUGGAAGUUGGCAGGUGAUCAAGGAGAUCAAUGGAAGAAAGCGCAAGUCACACUUACUGGAAACUUUCAGCUCGUUUUCACUGCAUCCGUUGGAGGUUCUUAUGAAGGUGACAUCGCUAUCGAUGACAUAUCUGUCUCAGACGGAAAUUGCUUUGUAGUACCGCCGUCACCCAGUCUACCGGCCACUCCUUCUCUAACUCCAAGUCAGGGCCCAUCAGUGUUGCCAGGGAAAUGCGGUUUUCGACCUUCCACAAGGAUAGUAGGUGGUCAAGAAGCUUCUGUCAAUGGCUGGCCAUGGCAGGCGAUGUUGAGAUACAAAUAUGGAGGCCAGUUCUGUGGUGGAACUUUGGUAGAUCCUUUAUGGGUUGUAACAGCAGCUCACUGUGUUAAAAAUGCACAACCAACAGGAAUAAUAUAUGCAAUGGUUUAAGUUUUAAAUACUCAAAUUGCUUCUUUUCCUUCUAGAAUGGGUGCUCAUUAUAGGGUAAGUGGUACCGUUGGAACAGAACAGGACAUAGAUGUUGCGCAAAUCAUCAACCAUGAAAGUUACCAUACCCCUCUAAGAUAUAGCCACGACAUUGCCUUACUGAAGCUAGCCAGACCUGCUAAGCUCCAAACAGGUAUUGGACUUGCUUGCUUGUCAGACUCCAGCCUUCCUCUCCCCAUUGACGACCCCAACACGAAGUGCUGGAUCACUGGCUGGGGUACGCUCUCUUCUGGAGGUAGUCAACCUAAUGCCUUGAUGGAAGCGUCCGUCCCCCUGGUAUCCAAAAAACGAUGUCUCAAAGGAUAUCCAGGAAAAAUCCACGACUCCAUGUUGUGUGCAGGUCUGGACCAAGGCGGAGUAGAUGCUUGCCAAGGAGACAGUGGUGGACCACUUGUAUGUAAGUUCAAUGGCAGAUGGUAUCUGGAGGGAGCUACUAGUUGGGGAUAUGGAUGUGCUGCUCCAAAUAAGUAUGGGGUGUACGCCAAGGUACGAUACCUCAGGUCGUGGAUCGACAGAUAUAUGAAUGGUGGGAUUAUACCACCAACCACAAUACCGCCACCCCAACUAACAACAACUCAACCACCAACAACAGCAUCUAACUCCGGUAAGAUGCUAACGAAUGCUAAAUAA